AUGUGGUGGCUAUUCAAGGCGCUCUUCAGCUCCAUCUUCCUGCUCAGCAUCGUCCUCUCGAUCCCCGUCGCCUUUGAUGUCGGCGGUCGCGACAGUGGGCUGGCUUACAGUCUAGCCCUCUUCCUCUUCUACUUUAUAUACUCCAGCCUUGAGCUACUGACACCCGAAAAGUCACGCUCGCGGUAUUUCCUUUCUGGGUUCCUACGACUGUCGCAAUGGAUCAUCAUCCCUACCCUCCUCAUCUGGGCCUUGGGUCAGUUUGCUGUCGACGCCGGCAACACAAACUGGGUGGAGCGAACAGUCGGUGGUUUGUUCAACUCCAAGAGCACAAGCUGGAGGGAAUGGAUGUUCGGCAAGGACGGUUUGAUCGAGACGGUCACCCUGGGUGUAUGGGAUAAUGUGCUACGGUAUUCGGGACCCGUGUUCCAACUCUUGGAGGGCUUCUGUACCUUGUUGGUUAUCCAGGCCGCAGGACAGCUCACCAGGUGGCUUGUCAACCGUGGAAGAAGCGACACUUGGUUGAUUGUCCUUCUGGUCCUCUCCAGCUCUACCAUGGCCAGUGCCGUCUACUUCCUCUGGAGGGUCGCACAAUUCCCUCAGAUUGGCAACCUCGAUGCCACCCUCAUUGGUAUCGCAAUGACCACUGCUGUGUUUCUGUGCGCCUUUGGCAUCGGCAGUGGUCGCGGUAACCCUAUUGAAUCAUCGCUCCUCUUUGCCUACGUUGUCCUAUGCAUUUACCAAAUCUUUACCGAUUACCUCCCUUCAGGAAAUGCCGACCAAGCACAUGACCACGACAGCUCAGGGUCUGACAUUCCCCCUCUGCCGCCUGCCAUCAUGGCAUCUUAUUCAACUUUCAUCCAUAUGCUGGGUUCAUUGCCCUAUGCCGUCCACUCAUCUUUGGCCCUGCUAUAUGCUGCCUUCCAGACUAUCACACCAUCGGUCAUUAUAUCCCUGACAUACCGUUCGUUGGUAUUCUAUUGCGCCACACGCAUCAUUCCUUCAAUUCGAGAAUCAGGCGCUCGAGCCAUGAUGCAGGAGCCGGAUUGGGAGGAUUCUGAGACUGCCAGCAAAUUCCUGGGAUUCCUCAGCUGGUUCUCACCUUCGAUUUUAAUAGCGGUUUACACAAGUCUACUCCUGCAACAUUUUUCCACCAGCGAUGGCCCUGACGGCUGGACAUUAAGAGGAGGCGAUGUCGAGGGCAGCAACUGGCAAUGGGCUAACAUCGGACUGACCAUGGUGCUGUACGGUGUCGAGCUAUACCUCGGCUCUGAUGAGCAUGACCACUGGAAGGUUGACUGA